GGACAGAAACAUAUGUGGGUUUUGGCCCAUUCGUAUCGCUCAUCACAACACAUGUUCCUUUCUUUAUAAUUGCAACUUCAACAAAACCCUAACUCCAAGCCUUCACUCCUCCUUUCAUCACUUCGGCAGUCACAGAAUCCUCGUAGCCGAAAAUGCCAUUCAAGAGGUACGUUGAGAUUGGAAGGGUUGCUCAGAUCAACUACGGCAAAGAGUAUGGGAGGCUAGUAGUCAUUGUCGACGUCAUUGACCAGAACAGAGCUCUUGUGGAUGCUCCCGAUAUGGUGAGGUCCCAAGUGAACUUCAAGAGGCUGUCACUCACUGACAUUAAGAUUGAUAUCAAGAGGGUCCCAAAGAAGAAGGAUCUCAUUCAAGCCAUGGACGCUGCUGAUGUUAAGAACAGGUGGGAGAAAAGUUCAUGGGGCAGAAAACUGAUUGUGCAAAAGAGAAGAGCAUCCCUCAAUGACUUUGACAGGUUCAAGAUUAUGUUGGCAAAGAUCAAGAGGGCAGCAGUUGUUAGGCAAGAGCUUGCCAAGCUGAAAAAGAGUGCUUCUUAGACCUAAUUUCAUGUGCAAUUUCCAAAUUUUGUUAUGAAUUUCUUUCUUAGUUUACUUUUAUUACAUGAGUUUUUAUUAUGUAUCAUUGACAGAUUUCCUAGAAAUGUUUAUUUUUGAGAUCUUGUGUUACU